AUGCCGUCUCAGGCGGUCAAAAGACGUUUUUCCGUGGACAGAUAUGCAAAAACAAGCAUUGCAAAGCACAAGGCGUAUACACCGUUAUCACCGGUUUCUGGAGCGCAAAUAGAGGGAGUGGAGAAGCAAUGGGGCGAUAAUCAGGAGGAGGAGAGGGGAUUGGGAGUGGUUGAGGGAGAAUAUAUGGAAGAAAUUGAAGAAUAUAUGAAAAAAAUGGAGAAAGAGACACAGGCGCAUCCAGAGAUGAUGGACUUGCAACCAGAGCUUGAAUGGUACAUGCGGCCGUAUCUGAUUGAUUUUAUCAUUGAGGUGCAUGCUGGGUUUCGGCUGCAAGCGACAACGCUUUAUCUUACGGUAAAUCUUAUUGACCGGUAUACGUCGAAGCGGAUAGUUUUUAAAAAACACUAUCAGCUUCUCGGGUGUUCGGCGCUAUGGAUUGCAGCUAAGUUUGAAGAGCCGAAAGACCGUGUUCCGACGCUUAAGGAGCUUUGUACUAUGUGUUGUGACAGUUAUCGUGAGGAGAUGUUUGUUCAAAUGGAAAGUCAUAUAAUCAAAACGCUUGAUUGGAUGAUUGGCCAUCCGACAACGAUUGCAUUUCUUCAGAUGAAGGUAAUGCAGUCUAGUUUCUCGGAAAAGGUUGUUUUACUUGCACGGUUUUUUACAGAACUUGCGUUGUUUCAUCGUGAUCUUAUAUGUCUUUCGAGUGUAAUUGCAGAAGCGUCACUUUUUCUUGCGCAAUCUAUAUUGCAGCCUAAAAAACAUUAUUUGAUUCCAUCAUCAGAGGUUCUUUCGUGUAUUCAUAAGCUCCAGCGGCAUCUUAAUGAUGUUUCUAAUGUUCUUUUUAAAAAAUAUUCACAUAUUGGUGUUAAGAAAAUUAUCUCCAACUAUCUCGCAUCUAUAUCAUUAAGACAAGGUUUUUUACAAAAUGAUUCUCCACAUACGCCUCCACAUCAUAAGCAUCGUCAACACUCUCAGUUUCAUCUUUGCAUUAAUACUAACAAUCAUGCACCUGACUCUGUUGCAGACCAACUUAAAAAUAUACAGGAAAAUGAAAAUGGUCUUCCCACGCCUCCUGCGGAUGACAACCAGCGUACUCACUACGUAGACGCAAGUCCUAUGGUUACUUAA